UUCUUUGAAUCUCAGCUCACAAAGUCGCCUUUACGGUGAAAACGAACGGUGGAAAGGCCGAUAGCAGGAUCGAGUGCUGCGUUUUGUCGGAAAAUGUCGUCGGAACCCCCGCCCUUUCAGGAAGCAUCGCGCUGCGACGUCUGCAAAUGUAGCUUCAGCACCUUCCGGCGGCGGCAUCAUUGCAGGUGUUGUGGGCGAACUCUGUGUGCUGAACACUCAGCAAAUCAAAUGGCCUUACCACAGUUUGAUAUUCAUUCACCAGUCAGAGUUUGCGCUGAUUGUUUUAAUGAUGCCCCUAGAUUCAUGGGAACUGACGCAGCAGCUUCAUCAGAUGAAGUCAAUAAUAUCACAGAUUCAAUUUCAAGAUUAGAUGUCAGUGGAGUUCCACGUACUGAAAAUGAUCAAAAUGAAAAAAAGCAAUUUCCUGUGCCAAGCAAAUCAGAAUGCAAAUGUGGAAUGCCUUUGUGCAUUUGUGAAACGCAAGUGGAAACUGUUCCUGUUAGCUUACAGGGCACGGCUACUUCUUCCACUGUUACAGUUCAGACAAACCCAAAACCGAAAAAGGUUAACACGGCGCCGCCAAAGAGUAGAGGCUCAGCAUCAAACAACAAGCAGGGCACGGUAUUCAAUCUUGGCCAAGUUACAAGUACUAGUUCAGGACCAACUUCUGGGGAUUAUGAACUUAGUGGGGAGGGUAUGAGAGAAGCAAUAAAAAAUGGUGACACGGCCGCUGCUAAGCAACUUUUAAGUCAGGGAGUGGAUGCAAAUUACCGCGACAAGCAUGGGUCAUCUUUGUUGCAUCUAGCAGCUGUUUUUAAUCAAACUGAGAUAGCUUUUGCCCUCAUGGAAAGUGGAGCAAGUUUGAACUACAAAAACCCACAAGGUGAGACCGCACUGGAUUGCGCCCCAGCCACAUUGCAAUACAAGAUGAAACAGAAGAUGGAAGAGACAGUGCAGGGUGGGUGAGCAUUAUGUGAUCUAAAAGUGAGAGCUCUUUUUCUUCCUUGAGAUAUGAGAAGCCAUCUCUCAACUCAAUCAAACCUUCAUCAUCCUUCACACUCACUGUAUGUUGGCAUUGAACUUUUGUUGCACUUACUCUCCAACAUUUUACAAUUUACUGCCUUCUUUUCUUAGCAUUUCUUCUCUUGAUUCUUCAAAUAAUGAUCAGGACCAGCUUGAAUGUAUAUCAGUAAUGCAGUAUAUGUCCACAUCUUCUUGGUUAA